AUGGCAGACAUAUCAAAAGCAGCACAAGUAGCUAAGGAAAUGAAAAAUUAUGGUAUGGACAUACUAGGUAUCAGUGAAAGUAGAUGGAAAGGAUCAGGUGAAACCAAGCUUCAAAGUGGAGACACAGUGAUCUAUGUCGGCGAUGAUGAACAUCAAGUCAAGGGAGUAGCCAUAAUGAUGAAUGAAAGAGCUAAGAAAUCAUUGAUGGAAUGGACACCAAUCAACAAGAGAAUGAUAAAGGCAAGAUUCUAUUCAAAGUAUAAAAAGCUGACAGUUAUACAAGCAUAUGCUCCAACAAACGAUGCAAAAGAGGAAGAGAAAGAAGAAUUUUACCAACAACUACAAGACAAUGUUUCAUCCUGCAAUAAGAAUGAUAUGCUUAUAGUUAUGGGUGACCUGAACGCAAAAGUAGGCAAAGACAAUAGCCAUUUGCAAGAGGUGUUAGGAAAACAUGGAUGUGGGACAAUAAAUUAA